AUGAAAGAUAGUAAUGCAAGGAUUACUGUAUUCGCUCCAGUCGACGAUGUCUUCACUUAUAAUCCAGAUAUCAGAGCAUUAGAUCAAAAAGAAACUCUUUCUCAUAUUGUCGAUUCACAAGUGGUCGAUUUGACAAUGAACAAAUUAUGGGAUAAACAGACAUUGAUUCGAUCAACUAUCAAUUCAGGCUACACUUAUAUCACACAAUUCGAGAAUAAUCCUGGAAAUUUCUCAUACUUUGCGAAUGCUGGAAUGCUCUGUAAUCAUGCAUCGAAUCAAUGGGGUAUAAUUUCCGGCGAACAGUACCUUUUCAAAAUUUGCACUCCGAUGGGACACCGACCGUAUCCUGGAACUGCUCUUUCGUUUAUUCGAGAACACGAUGUGACUGUUUUCGAAGAGAGACAGUAUAAUAAUAGAGAUUUAUCACAAAUCCGAGACAUACUCGACCGUACUCCAGACAUUGCUCUAGUCAUCUAUGGAUCAUCUGCUUGGAAUGGAUUCCACACAUUCUUCAUUCCAAAUGAUGCUGCAUUCGCAAGAGUUGUUGACCGUAAUCGUGUGGAUCGUGAAGUCCUUCUGGCCCAUGUGACCAGUACAAAUCGAGUUCUUUUCACCUGGCCAUGGCUAUAUGAUGGGGGACAACAUUACUAUCCAUCUGUCAGAUUUUCAGCGAAUAUCAUUGAGGAUAACUUCAAAUUGAAGCUAGUUAUGAGAAAUAUCACGGAUAGAAGAACUGGAAAAUGGGAUUUGUACGCGGUAUCUGAAGUAUAUGAGAGGUAUUCACAAUUCAGAAGAGGUGCUGUCUGGGCGAAGAUUCUCGUUCCGAACAUUCCGACUCAAAACGGAGUUGUGCAUAUCAUUGAUAACGUGCUGGGAAUUGUGUCAGAGACGAUUGAUAUGAUGAUUUAUAGAAAUGAAAAAACGACUACUUUGAUGAGAUAUAUUAACACAAUUGGUCAAAUCGUGCGUAACUAUUUCUCUGCAACCGGAGGACUUGUCACCUUCUUCGCCCCAUGGAAUGAGGCAUUCGACCGUAUUCCGGAACAAAUCGAACGUCGUCUUCUUCGUGAUCGAAUCUGGCUUGAACAGAUUCUGAAACUUCAUAUCGUCCCGGCGAAAGAGUUGACUUCAGAUGAGAUUACAAAUGAAACUAUUGUGAAUACAAUUGAUAAUAUGAGACAAUUAUACUUUAUCAAAGGAGAAUGGCCAGCGAAUAACGUCACUUAUUAUGUGAUCGGAGGUGGUAUCAAAACUGCGAUUAUGAUGGAUAAUGUAGCGGCGACGAAUGGAAUUGUCCACUAUAUUGAAAGAGUUUUGGGUGUUCCCUAUCAGACUCUUUGGGAAAUUCUGAGAAAUGAGACACGGCUACAAUAUUCGUUCCAUAUGAUGGAAAAUCUACAACUGAGAUAUUCGAUGGAUCCAUGGCAAGUUCUGACUCCAGAACAGAAUUUCACAUUCUUUGUUCCGACGAAUGAAGCGUGGGCUAAACAACCCCAGUCCCUUGUGUCUCGAAUGAACGAUGGAAACCAUUGGCAAGCGUUACAGUAUGUUUACAAAAGGCAUAUUCUACAGGGACAGGCUCUGAUGUAUACGGAUCUUCGUGAGAGAACAUAUGUGAUGAUGAAUGAUGAGAAGGUGGUGAUUACGAGGAGAGGAAGAUUUUUCGAGCUCUACUGGCCACGUGGAAACCGUCGUGCUCGAGUGAUAGAAGGAGGGGAAAUAGCUGGAAUCAAUGGAUACAUGCAUAUGAUUGACAAUGUUCUCAUCUACGAACCGGAUCUCCGAGCCCAUGCGUGUACCACCGAACCCGUUUUCUUCCAGUUUCUUAUAGUUUGUCUUGUAAUGGUCUGGAGACCCGGAUGGUUCACUUCUUUCUUCAUUUUCUUUAGAUGA